AUGUCAAAAGCGCAAACUAACGAGAAAUUGGGCGUAAUGCCAUAUGUGGCAGCCAUAUGGGCAAUGAGUCUGUAUUUCACCACCCCAACAGCUUGGGUGUUGACCAUCUGGCAGCUGUUCAAUCCUCGAGUCUCUUGGCUUAUCGUCUUGUACCUUCUGUACAUUUGGUACGGCCCUGGAAAGAAAGCGGCAGCCAACCUCUCAUGGCCCACGUGGUUGAGGCACUGGUCGAUCUGGAAACAUCUAGCAGACUACUUCCCUGUCAGGCUCAUAAAGACAGCCGAUCUGGACCCCAGCAAGCGCUACAUCUUAGGGCUCCAUCCGCAUGGCGUCCUGACGAUCAGUGCAUGGGCCACGUUCGCCAGCGAGGGGACCAACUUCAGCAGAACCUUUCCCGGCAUUGAUCUGCGCGUAGCCACGCUGAGGUGGAACUUCAUCACGCCCAUAGCGCGUGAGCUGAUGCUGCUGCUGGGCUUUGUGGACGCCGAUGCUUGGACGCUGCGCCAGGUGCUGUCAUCCGCGCCCGGCCGCGCCGUCAUGCUCGCCAUUGGCGGCGCCGAGGAAGCCCUGCUGGCGGGCCCCGGCCUCAACGACCUCGUCCUCAACAAACGGUUCGCCCUGUUCUAA